GUAGCCAUGUUGAAUGUUGUCGGUUCAAUUAAUUCAUGCCAGGUAGGCGUGAUUGCAAAUAAACGUAUUUUAUAAAUGAACUUUAUAUUUUUUACCGUUAAUAAUUUUACAAAAAUACCAGACAUACCAAUUUAGUGGAUAAUUAGCAAGUAAUUAAAGGUAUAUUUGUUCUACCUCAAGAUCGUUAGGCAGCUACCAUUAUAAUAAUGUUUGGAAACAGUUAAAAAUCGUUCCCUUAAAAAAUUGUUUAAGGAAAAUUGUUCAAUAUUAUUAUUUACACCUAAUGCAAGGAACAGAUCUAGUUUGUUUAUGGGUAACGAAACAGCUCGAGAUAUGGAGACAGAAUCCGUAAAAUCAGAGAACAGUUCUAGAUCAAGGCGUUCUAGAGGACAUAGGGAUCGUUCGAAUCACAGACAAUACUCGCAUAGGAGCACUAGAAGCAAUAAAUCUUUAAGAAAGGUGGAAGAUAUGGCUCCAUUUCAGACUGCAGUUACUUUGUCACCCGAUAAUAGAGACGGUCAAGAGGUAAUCGAAGUACAGAUCCUUCCACAAGAUGACAAUUGGGGUGAAAAUACAACGGCAAUCACUGGUAAUACAUCAGAACAGUCGCAGUCAACUGAAGAUGUAAGUAACUGGCCCGGUGAACCAGACACCGGUCUUGGCUUCUAUUGUCAACGUUACAUCGGCACAAUUAUGACUGCAAUAUUAUCAAUAGCAGCAUUUAUCAGUCCCUUGGCGAUGGUCGUAUUACCAAAGAUUGGAUUUUUUCCUGCCCUAUCUUCGCCAAUUGGACUGCAAAAUGGUGAUAAAUUGCUAGCUUGCGGAGCGGAAUGUAAGGGACAGUUGGUAUCUUUAGCUUUUAAGAUGAUUAUACUGGCAGCAGGCGCUUGGGCUGUGUUUUUACGGCAACUCAAUGCGACACUUCCUCGCAUUUUUUUAUUUCGAGCGGCGGUGCUCGCGUUUAUUUUAGUUUGUACUUUCGCCUACUGGUUAUUUUAUAUCGUUCAGGUAACAGAAAAUGCAAGGGCAGCCACGACGCCUGAAGAAUCUGUAGACUAUAAAGCCUUAGUCGCGUAUGCUUGCAGUUUAACCGAUACGCUUCUGUUCAUCCACUAUCUUGCAGUAGUUUUAGUAGAAAUUAGGCAUUUACGACCGAAGUAUUACAUUAAAAUCGUCAGGAGCCCUGACGGUUGCAGCCGGGCAUACGCUAUUGGCCAGCUGAGUAUACAAAGAGCGGCAAUGUGGGUAUUGGAAAAGUACUAUACAGAUUUUCCCAUUUAUAAUCCAUAUUUGGAACGCAUUCCUGUAUCGAAAUCUCGCAAAGCUUCCUCUAGUUUUAAGUUUUACGAAGUUGACGGUAUUAAUAACUCCGCUUCUCAACAAUCACAAUCUCGGGCAAUGCUAGCGGCACAUGCGCGUCGCCGUGACUCCAGCCACAAUGAGAGAUUUUACGAGGAGCACGAGUACGAAAGGAGGGUUAAAAAGAGGAGGGCUCGCUUAAUCACGGCUGCAGAAGAGGCAUUUACUCACAUUAAGCGGCUUCAUAAUGAUCAAGCACCCGCAAUUCCGAUGGAUCCUCAAGAAGCAGCUCAAGCUAUUUUUCCUUCAAUGGCGCGCGCGCUUCAAAAGUACUUGAGGAUCACUCGUCAACAACCCAGGCAUUCCGUCGAAGGUAUUUUAAUGCACCUUGCCAAUUGCUUGAGUCACGAUUUGACACCUCGCGCAUUCCUCGAUGCCUACUUAACUACAGAGCCGGUUUUGCAAAACGAAAAAGAGCAAAAGAAUAUACAAACGUGGGCUCUAAUAUGUGAAGAGUUGCUAUCGAGACCGAUCGAUCACAACACACAUUUCCAAUUGAGGCAGAAUGACGUAUCUUUGUUGUGUUCGAUUAAGCAGUUGCCACAUUUUAAUAUAACUGAAGAAGUUGUCGACCCUAAAAGUAACAAAUUUGUUAUGAGAUUAAACUCUGAGACUUCUGUAUGACCCAUAGAGUAUGAUCGAUUAAUUUAAGGGCAACAUAUCAAUUUUAUUACGUUAAGGAAGAGUUGAAUUGUUAUACUUAAAGUGGUGAUGAAAUUUAUCAAAAUAUACAAAAUCUGUUGGUUUCAUAAGGGCUAUGGUAUUUUGGAAAAUGGUAAUGUAGGUACUAAUAAUCUGCAGGUUUUGAGCCAAUAUUUUUAUUUGAAUUUUAUAUUUUAAAAUGAGACAAAUAAAUGGCAUUUUUGGUUUAAUAGCAAGGCUACAUUUUGAGAAAUUGAAAUAAAUGCAAUCAGUGAGACCAUUUGUAGGGUGUUGUUCCUGUUGGCCCUCUCUACGAAUGCAUGCAUUAUACUUUUGACUUGCGUUAUAUCUUCUUUUUUCCAACUUGCAGCCUUUUAUGUUAUGGUUGCUCAGAAUAAAUGAAUAGUUGCAUAAGGAAACAGUUUGGACCUUUGUAUAUUUUACGAAAAAAAAAUGUUUUGGUUCCCUCUACUAGUAGGACCUCGGCUGUAUGAAAACCCACCUCAUGAGAUGUAUUGCAAGUAGUUUGUUUUUAAAAUCUUCAAGUAUUUGAUUUGGCAAUUAUUGAUACGCCCUAUGCAAUUAUUAUUUUUACUUAUGGAUAGUAUUUUGUACAGACUUAACGGAGUAAGAAUGGCCUAGGGGGUUGAUGGAGUUGUCAUUUUAGUUUC